CGUAACGCCCCACUGAGCCAGCAGACGACGCCAGCACUGGGCCACCACCAGCCAGCCCUACACAACCACAACAACCCAGCGCUAGAUCAGCUCGCCAUGGAUCGCUGCCUCGUCCUGGGACUAUUCGCCAUACUCCAGAUACUGCAGAUAGGACUAGCCCAGCAGCAUGACGCAUGUGACGAAUGCCGACGUCACCCAAAGACGUGCCGACGUAUUUCCGGUCUGUUUACCGUCACGGUCAUGACGGAAGGCUCGUACAACCCCGUGGUGGAGAUUCCCUACCCGGCAUGCAACAUCAACAUCACAGAGUUUCAGGAGAGCAGGAAUUAUAUUGGUGUGAAGACUAAAAGUGACCAGGGAAUCGUCAACAGCUACUGGUCACUGGACCAACCUGGCCACUACAGAGGGGCGGGCACACAGUUCACAUACGAAAAAAACACAGCGAGGUGCAGAGGGACUUGUAUUUAUGCUGAUGGCCCAACUACUGAGGCUAUUGUUGUACAGAUCUUCUACCACGCUAAGAAUCCUGGGAUAGCCUACACCUUCACGAUACCCAACUCCGUCUCGUUCACGCCUUUUGGCGGCGUCCAGAGCAGGAUACAGUCGCCCUCACAGCCGCUGCAUGAGGCGCCCUCGACCUCACGACUCGAGGCGCCCUCGACCUCACGACUCGAGGCGCCCUCGAACUUACGUCUGGAGGCGCCCUCGACCUCACGACACGAGGCGCCCUCUGCAUCUCGACACAACAUCACCCGUCUGCAGGCGCUGCGCAGACACAGACAGCGGCUGUCCAUGAACAGGACCAGCGAGGAGUUUACGGGCGAGGUCUACACGGGGUCUCAGUCCAACAGAUCAGAAGGUCGACCUGAGUCGACGUCUUCAUUAACAGAUGGCACUGGAGUCAGAGGCAGAUAUGACUAUACUGGAUCAAGGUACGGGACACACACGCUAGGGGGCCGGGGGCAGAGCUACACCCACGCUGGAGACUCACAGUCCCACGUUAGAAAGAAUAUCAGAAGACAACCAGCAAGAAACACAAGCAGACACCGGACACCCGCCCCCAACGUCUUGCGCAGGCAGCACGUACCGGAACACAUCGCGCAAGUAAAAUCAAACCAACCGCUCAGUGCAGCACACCAUCAGAUUUAUCCACAAACAACGUCGUAUCAAGAGGCCUAUCAUGUUGUAGAUAAUUACGAUGGCCAAAACUAUCACCCAAUUGAUUCUGGUUACCCUGGUCAAGGGAGCAGUGAAUAUCGCUGGAAAAUUGCAGGAUUUACAGACUGUUCUCAUCCUUGUGGGGGAGGUACUCAAAACACAAAUAUUGUGUGUAUAUCAAGCACUGGAAGGACACAAGUAGUUGUCACACCUGAAAACUGUGCUGCUCAUUUGAAGCCAAAUUCCCAGACAGUUCAGUGCAAUACUGCCCCGUGUGAACCUGUGUGGGAAGCCAAAGAGUGGUCUGCAUGCAGUGUGACGUGUGGGUCAGGUACACAAACCCGGAUAGUCGUGUGCCAGCAGAGGCUCUCUCCAUCCCUGACCCUCAAAGUUUCAGCUGACCAGUGUGGACUAGCGGAGAAACCAGCAGUAGCCCAGCAGUGUGAGGUCAGCUUGUGUGCUGGAUGGCAGACUGGAGCUUGGAGCCAGUGUAGCAAAGAGUGUGGUGGUGGUGAGAGACAGCGUGAGGUCAGAUGUGUGGACAAGACAGACUCGCACAUUCCCGCCAACUACUGCACACAGCCAGCACCUGUAGAGGUCGAACAAUGCAACACACAUAGCUGUACAACACAGUGGUGGAUAUCCCAAUGGUCAGAGUGUUCUGAAUCGUGUGGAAAAGGCCAGCGAAGCCGUUCAGCUGUUUGUGUUAAUGACAAAGGUCAUGUGAUUUCCCAUAAUUCCUGUGACCACCAGGAUGUCCCAAAGCUGAAGGAAGUUUGUCAACAUGAUACAGGCUGUGGUGGUGUAUGGUUUGUGGGAACUUGGAGCAAGUGUACACCAGACUGUGGAAAUGGUGUAAGGACGCGCCAGGUUGUUUGUCUUAAAGAAGUGCAGUCUGUGCUGUCUAUAGUGCGAGAUGAAGAUUGCCAAAGCUCACUCAAGCCAACAAUUUCUGAGCCAUGUGUCAAUACAGGAUGCAGUGCCAAAUGGUACACCUCUCCUUGGUCAGAGUGUUCAGUGACAUGCGGAGAAGGCCGCAGAACAAGACAGGUUCGCUGUAUAGAAGAUAACAGGAGACCCUCAUCCAACUGUGAUAACUUGCUCAAGCCAGAGGUCCAGAAAGUUUGCUCCCAGCAGUCUUGUAACACAAGACAUCAACACGAACCAGAUGUUGCACAAGCUCAAGCAAGUAACAGUCACUAUAGAGUACACAGCAGUAGGACCAACACAACAGAAGUCCACUACAGACCUUACACAGAACAGUACCAGCAUCAGAAACCACAGAACCUUGUCGUACCAGGCUCGCAGGCUAGGCCAGGUAAGGACAUUCCUUGUCAGGAUUCAUAUUGGAACUGCCGUAGAGUGAUUCAGGCUGGCCUAUGCUACUAUUUCAGGGAGUCAUGCUGCGCGUGUGUGUUAUAAUUCAAUCUGAGAGUAAUCCCUCCCUGUUGUUUAUUUAAAAAAAUAUGGUGCUACAGAAAAUUUACCUGUGAUGGUCUACACAGGCCACGACUGGCUAAAAAAACCUUUUUCCAUUCCAGAAAAUUUUGUUUGUAUCCUGCUUUGAGAUACAAUUUAUAUGCUGGUUACUUAACAUGUAAUUGAAGAAAUUGAUUUUUUUUUUUAAUUAGAACUUUCAAAAUAUUACUUUCAAUGUAAAUAAAAAUUUGAGCUUUAAGUCAUAAAUUGUAAUGUGCAAAAUAAUUCAGUUAUUAGCUAGCCAAUAGUUAAAUUGUUUUGUACUUUUCAAAUGUAUAUUACUAUUAUUUCAUCUAGAUUCUUAAAUUAUUAGCUUUUCUCCUAAUAGUUGGCAUUUUAUUGCUAAUAUCUUUAAUAAUUAUUAAUUUAAAAUCAGUUGGCUGUAGUUAGAUUGGUAUUUUGUAUAUUGAAAUGCCAUACAAGCAAAAAUAAACUAAAAAGGAUGAAAGUAAUUCCAAGGUUCUUAUCUAACGUUUAAAAACAUAUCCUGUGACUUGGCUUUAGGCUGCUUUUUUCCAUUAUAUUAUAACUGCACUCUUGCUCAUUUACUAUUUCUGUUCAAAAGUUACUUUAGAAAAUGCUUUAUUUCAAUUAGAAAAAUUACUUUCUAAAAUAUUAUUAUUUUUAUUUUAUUGAUCUAGUAGUUUCCAUUAAGAAAAUUACUAUCUAAAACUUUAAUUCAGUGUUCUCUAACUACAAGAUAAGGCAGAAAAGACAAAAAGUCUAAUCAGUCUGCCGCAAUAAAGACUGUAUAGGGUAAUAUACAUUUAUAACAAUGCUAAUUACAUAUCAAUUAGCAAAACCUUCAUUAUGACAAAGUGUGGUCACACUACUUUAUUUAUAAUUAUUUAUAGCAACAUAUGAUGUGAAUUAAAGCAUUUAUCAGAAGUGGAAGUUUGUUUAUCAGAACUGCUAUAUAUUUACCUUCUGAAAUCAGUAUUGAUUUUUAUAAAUAUGACUAAAGCAUCAAUACUUAACAUGCUCCUUUCUUUGCUUUGAAAUAUAAGUCAAGUGCUAAUCUAAAAUUGAUAAUCUCUCAAUAUUUAAAAUAAACGAUGUACACAGCAGUAAUGAUACUGGUGUCAAGAGAAAUCAUGUAGAUAUAAUAAUUAUACAAUACUCAAUAGCAGGAGUUGUAUUACACUACCUGAAAUUAUGAUUUGAUUCUUAUGUUGUGAUUGUUUUCAAACCAUGUUGCUUUUAAUAAAUAUUAUUUUAAAUACAUGUGAA